AGUGCUAACAAUUGUUGCUAGUCUUUGCACAUGACAACAUUUCACCAUCUUGACUUCACUGUGAUUGUUGCUAGUCUUUCGACAGUGCUAAUAAUCUGCAUAGUCUUGCGGAAAAAAUAAUCUUGACUGUCUUCAUCUAUGUCACCUGAGGGCUCUAUUUCAUGUGGACACCAUUGAUUGCCUCAGCAUUCAGGAAGCAGCAAGGAAAUGUCUACUCAUGACAGGGAGAUCCAUCUUAUCAUGGAUCGAACUGGUCUACCGUAGAGCACCGUUUAUAUCUUCUUGUUCAGUCUCUGAAGGUAGCAUAUGAACGCAGAUAUUGUUUUGAUCAGUGCAAACGACCUCCUUACUUCUGCUCAAAUCAUGCCUGCAUUGCCAGCUCCCCUUCCACGUCUUCUUCUUCUCCUCCUCCUCCUCUCCAUGUAUUCUCCAACUCUAGCCACCGAGUUCCUCUUCAAUGGGUUCAAAGAAGCUGCUAAUUUGAGCUUGGAUGCCUCGGCCCUUAUCACUUCCAAUGGAGUUCUCCAGCUGACCAAUGACAGCAAGAGACAGAUAGGUCAUGCUUUUCUUUCUUCUCCGGUGCACAUGCUUCACAACCGAUCCGUUGCCGCCUCAUUCAGCACGGCCUUCGUGUUCGACAUCGUCACUGUUAAUGGCAGUGGCGGCGAUGGCCUGGCCUUUGUUGUUGCCACCUCCAAAACCCUGCCUGGAGCUCAGAAUGGCCAGUUCCUUGGACUCCUCAGCACCCAGAACAAUGGCAAUUUCUCCAAUCAUCUCUUUGCCAUAGAAUUCGACACGGUGAAGGCCAUUGGACCAUUCACUGACAUCGAUGAGAACCAUGUCGGUGUGGAUGUCAACAGCCUCGAAUCAAAUGUCUCAAAGUCCGCCGCCUAUUACGCAGAUGGUGGGAAGAAGGUGUCGGUAGAUCUGCUGAGCGCGCAGCCAAUCCAGGCCUGGAUCGACUACAACGGUGUCACAAGCAUUCUGAACGUGACCAUCGCUCCGCUGCCGCUCCCCAGACCACGCCGCCCUCUCAUAUCGCACGCCAUCGAUCUAUCGCCAAUUUUCAAGGAGUAUAUGUACGUCGGGUUCUCCGCCGCUACCGGAAAGCUCACAAGCUACCACUAUAUCAUGGGUUGGAGCUUCAGCACGGAUGGAGUCGCGUCGAGCCUCGAUCUAUCUCAGCUGCCCCUUCCACCAAGGCAAAAGGAAGCAUCACCAGCUUCAAAAGCUAGCAUACUGAAGACCGCAGUGUUGUCUUCCAUUGUGACGCUGCUCGUUAUAGUGCUUGUGAUCUCCAUUUUCAUGUACUUAAGGAAGCAAGCGAAACUGUCUGAGAACCUCGAGGACUGGGAGUCGUAUUACCCCCACAGGUUCCCAUAUAAGGAGCUCUACAAAGCAACCAAAGGGUUCCAAGAUACGGAGCUCCUCGGCUCGGGAGGCUUUGGCCAAGUCUACAGGGGCACUCUGCGGCGCACCGGAGAAGUGGUCGCCGUAAAGAAGAUCUCCAGCAAUUCAAGACAAGGAGUAAGAGAGUUCAUAGCCGAGAUCUCAAGUUUAGGCCGGAUGAGGCACAGGAACUUGGUGCAGCUCCAAGGAUGGUGCAAGCGGAACGAGGACCUCCUCCUCGUCUACGACUUCAUGCCCAAUGGGAGCCUCGACACCUUCCUCUACGACCACGACAAGAGCCAGCAACUGAGUUGGAACCACAGGUUCAAGAUCCUCAAGGACAUAGCUUUCGGCCUCCUCUACCUGCACGAAGAAUGGGAGCAAGUGGUCGUCCACAGAGACAUCAAGUCCAACAACGUGCUACUGGACGCCGACAUGAACGCAAGGCUGGGUGAUUUCGGCCUCGCUAGACUGCACGAGCACGGAGAGAAUCCUCACACAACCCAUGUCGUGGGAACUCUCGGAUACAUCCCGCCGGAAACGUGUCACGCCGGUAGGGCUGCUCCCAGUUCUGACGUGUUCGCCUACGGCAUACUGCUCUUCGAAGUGGCCUGCGGCCGGAGGCCGAUACAGCCUGCUGCUCCGCCGAGUGAGCUGGUGUUGAUGGAGUGGGUGAGAAAACGCCACAUGGAGGACAAACUACUGGAGGUUGUUGAUCCACGACUGGGCGGGUUGUACCCGGAGCAGGAGAUCAAGCUGGUGCUGAGGCUUGGGCUGCUUUGCUCUCAGUCCAUCCCUGAAGCGCGGCCAACCAUGAGUCAGGUGACGCGGUAUCUCGACGGCACCGACGGCCUGACAGAUGAUGUUGCGUUUGUGUUCUCAGAAGCCGAUUCGAUGGAUUUGGCAUCUCGGCUGUCGAUCACUUCAUCUUGGAGUGGUCUGGGCUCUCGGUCGCUCCAUUAAGGGAACUGACAAAGAUCUUGUGGUCAACGGCACCCACAGGGGCUGGGUCUCAUAAGAUGGGCUACACGGGCUGAAACAGACCGCAGGGCCUCGACGAUGCAAUAUGGGCUGGACCGCAGGGUCUCGACGAUGCAUACUGGGCUGGUUCACGCGAGCUAAGGUCUCCUGAGUUGGUCCAUACGGAUUGAAUAUUCAUUUACAGAAGUAGAUAGGCUAGUAUUGAUUGGAUAAUUUCCGAGAAUUAGAGGAAUAUCAAUUAUGAUGAUUAAAUAAUUUUUUAGUUCAAUUUUGAAAAUAUAAUAUUAGUUUUCUCCAUUAGGAAAUAAAGAACUUAUAUUAUGAAGUAUUGUAUCUCUGUUUACUAAUGAGAGCAUAAAUCUAUCAUGUAUCCAUCUACGCUA